GUUUUUAAUGUGAACCCAUUUAAGAAUUCUAGACUUUCUUGAAGCUGCCAACAACAAAUUUAUUGGGCUGUUUCUAUUUCACAUAUCCAAUCUUGUAGGACUUUUAGAGGUCAUGCAAAGGAAUUGUCUGAUGGAAUUUAAGUAUAAUUGUCAGUCAAUUUCAGCCUCUUUGGAGAAAAAUCUUGCUUUCGAAUGUGGAAUGGGUAGUACAUGCAAUUUUGAUGUUGCUGGCCACAGCCCUUCAAUUGGAUCAAGUUUUCCUGUUAAUGCAGCAGCUCAGCCUGAAGGGGACAGUUCAUUGCCAGUUGACCACUUUGAUGGGGUAUUCAAGUACCUGAAUCAAAUGCUGAUGGAGGAAGAUUUGGAGCAGAGGCCUUGCAUGUAUCAAGAUCUUUUGGCUUUACAAGCUGCUGAGAAAUCCUUCCAUGAUGCCCUUACAGGAGCGGAUUUCAAUGUGGUGGCUAACAAAGAAGAGAAAAAGAGGGACGAUUUUGAUAAUGGUUCAAGGAGAAGGAGAAAUCAUGACAGAGAAGAUAGUGAACAUGGAGAAGGGAGGAGCAGCAAGCUAUUUGCAAGUCAUAAUGAGGCAGGAAUGCCUGAAAAUGAAGCAGCUGAGGAGAUGUAUGAUAAGGCGCUACUUUGCCCUAAGAGGAAUCCUGGUUUUUAUGAUGAUUCUUCAACUUGUGACUCUGAUGAUCCAACACCAGAAAGUAAAGGGUGGAACUAUCAGAAGGUUGGGAUAAAGCCAGAGUCGAAACGAGGGAGGCCGAGAGCUGGUGAGAAGAAAAUUUAUAUAAGGGAACUAGUUGAUUUAAGUAGCCUCCUAACUCAGUCUGCACAAGCUGUAGCAGAUUAUGAUAACAAGACCGCCCAAGAAUUGCUCAACCGGAUUAGGGAGCAUUCAUCUCCUUGUGGUGAUGCUACUGGAAGAUUGGCACAUUACUUUGCUAAUGCCCUUGAGGCACGUAUAUCUGGUAUGGGAACAACAUUAUAUACAUCCUUCACUAGUAGGAAAGUGUCUGCUGGAGAUAUACUCAAAGCUUAUCAAGCAUACAUUUUGGCGUGCCCUUUCAAGAGAAUGUCAAACAUCUUUGCUGACAAGUCAAUUGGGAGACUAACUAAAGGAGCAAGAUGUAUUCACAUAAUUGAUUUUGGUAUCGCCUAUGGGUUUCAAUGGCCCUGCUUAAUUCAGGGUCUCUCACUCAGACCAGGUGGACCUCCAAAACUUCGCAUUACAGGAAUAGACCUUCCCCAACCAGGUUUUCAACCAACAGAAAGAGUUGAGGAGACUGGGCGUAGGCUUGCAUAUUACUGCAAGAAAUUCAAUGUCCCUUUUGAAUAUCAUGCCAUAGCAAAAAGGUGGGAAACCAUCCAACUGGAGGAUCUGAAGAUUGGCAAAGGUGAAACGAUUGUAGUUAAUUGCUUGUACAGGCUAAGACAUAUUCCAGAUGAGACAGCAGAAGGCAGCACAGCCAGGGACGAUGUUCUGAACUUGAUCAAGAAAAUAAAUCCUGAUUUUUUUGUCCAUGGAGUCACUAAUGGAACAUACAAUGUCCCAUUUUUCGUUACGCGCUUUCGAGAGGCACUACAUCAUUUCUCUUCUCUGUUUGAUAUGCUUGAGAAGACCGUACCGCAAAGUGAUCAGGAUAGAAUGCUGUUCGAGAAAGAAGUCCUUGGAAGGGACUCUAUGAAUGUUAUAGCAUGUGAAGGUUCUCAAAGGAUUGAAAGGCCCGAAACAUACAAGCAAUGGCACGUUAGGAAUCAGAGGGCUGGGUUUAGUCAGCUCCCACUGAACCAGGAUAUUGUAAGAGAAGUUAGGGCCAAGGUGAAAUUGCAGUACCACAAAGAUUUUCUGGUUGAUGAAGAUGGACACUGGAUACUACAAGGUUGGAAAGGGCGAGUUUUUUAUGCACUCUCUUGUUGGAAGCCUAUUCAAGACUGACACAAAAAAAAAGGAAAAAGCAAAAAAAAAGCUAUUCUUGUUUCUGCAGAGGAAUGAACUCCAACACAGUUUUGGCACCUGAGCAAAAAGUAACUUGUUUUCAACCAGUCAAGGAUUUGGGGGAAAUAGUGCAAGUGUCUUUUCUUCUAAACUCCUUGGUGUCUUUGAAUAAUGUUGCACUAGUCAAAAAGUCUGUCAUGUCUUGCAGAAACUUCUUACUUCUUUAUGGUCCAUCCGUGGGACGACAGAUGUUGUUUACCAUCUUGUAUCUGCAAAGUUUCUACCAGAACUGCAAUGGUCGCGAAAUGGAAAAGAAUUCUUACUAACUGCUUUUCCCAAUGCAUGAUAAAUUUUCUUGCGCAUGACAAGAAGUCUAUCAUGUAUUGCCAAAAAGAUGUCUAUCAUGUAUUCCCAAAAUUUCUUACU